GGAGCGAAGAUAUUGGUUGUACCAGUGGAUGGAAGCCAUUGGAUCAACAUGAAGAUUCUCAUUGAAGAGCUCAGAUACAAUGGUCAUAACAUCACAGUGCUUUUCUCCUCAAAGGCUUGGUACAUCAAAGAGGAUCCCGAUCUCUAUCAAUCAAUCACUGUCCAAUUGCAGGGCGGAACUACCAAGUUUGACGACUCGAGUGGAAUACAGUGUUUUCUAAAGAGGACGUUGACAUCCCUAAGGCAGGGCUGGACCCCAUGGGCUUUUAUUCAGGUCCAGAGUCAAAUGAUAUCAUUGCUGCGUGAAUGGCACCUCUGGGCCGGAGAGUUCAUUCGGAGAAUUUUUGAAAACAAAGAAUUGUCAAAACAACUCAAAGAAGCAAACUUUGACCUGAUACUUACUGACCCUGCUCUUGGUAUUGGUCCAAUGCUGGCCUACUAUUUAAAAGCCCCUUUAGUCUACAAUGUCCGAUGGAUCACAAGGGGAGAAUCUCAUUUCCUCGUUGCCCCCUCGCCUCUUUCCUACGUCCCCUUACUUGGGUCACGUUUGACGGACAAGAUGAGCUUCCUUCAGAGAACACGGAAUGUUUUACAGCAUCUUCUUGAGCUGUUCAUUUCUGAGUUUUUUAUUCACCCCAUAUACAACGAAGCCUGCAGGAGAUACUUAGGCCCGGACACGGACAUCGAGACAGUUCUCCUCCGAGCCGACGUCUGGCUGGUGAGGGUCGAUUUUGUCUUCGAAUUUCCGAGGCCCACCAUGCCGAAUAUCGUGUACAUCGGAGGCUUCCAGUGCAAGUCACCGAAGCCAUUGCCUGCGGGGAUGGAAGAGUUUGUUCAGAGCUCAGGAAAGCACGGGAUCAUCGUCAUGUCUCUAGGGAGUCUGGUCAACUCCUUGCCUCUGGACAUCACAAUGAAGAUAGCAGCAGCCUUUGCUCAGGUACCUCAGAAAGUGAUUUGGAGACAUAACGGGGAAGUCCCUCCCAACGUUGCCAACAACACACUGCUAGCUAAAUGGAUCCCUCAGAAUGACCUGCUGGGGCACCCUAAGACACGAGUCUUUGUGGCUCAUGGUGGGACCAAUGGGAUCUAUGAGGCGAUCUACCACGGGGUUCCAGUUGUCGGCCUGCCAUUGUUUUACGAUCAGUUCGACAACUUGCUCAGGCUUAAAGUCAGAGGGGCGGCCAAAAUGGUCGACGCUGCGGCCAUGCAGUCCGGAGAUCUACUGAGGGCUCUCACUGAAGUCAUAAACAACUCCUCGUACCGGGUUAGCAUGCAGAGGCUGUCGGCUCUGCACAGGGACCAGCCGCAGUCCCCGAUGCAGAGAGCUGUUUUCUGGAUUGAGCAUGUUGCUCGGCACAGAGGUGCAGCUUACUUACAGUCUGAAUGCUAUCGCCUCCCCUGGUAUGCUUACUACUGUGUGGACGUUGCUGCCUUUUUCCUAUCCAUAUCCAUAGGUGCCGCAGUCCUGUUGGUUUUACUCUUGAAGGGGUUUUGUAAUGUUGCAGGAAGGAAGAAACAAAAAUCUCAGUAG